AUUAAUUGUAAAAAUCACAGUUUGCUGCAUAUUUGGAUAACAGUGUUUCAUCUGACUGCUUCAGUGUGGAUGUCCGAGCAUAUCAAUCCAGGGAAAAGUUUAUAGAACCGUGCGGAACACGUGGAUGGCCACCACAACCUGCCAACCGGAAAUCGGCAGUAAUCUGCUGAUCUAAACAACCCCAAGCACACCCUCGGGACUCCUGUGAAAAGCCAUCCUAGCGAAAAAGAGUCCCCCUCGUUUUUCUUCGGAAAACAAAACACACACACAGACUCCGGUAAAAAUGUCGAAACGAUUUGCGGCAAUUCUGUUCGUGCUGUGCGAGAUAAUCGCAAACACCAGUGCCAACUACGAGUUGACAAAGCAAGAUGCCACCGGUGAUAACACAUUAACGCAACUGGUCCGCCCCCCGUUCGUCGGUCUCGAAGAUGACCACCUGCCGCAGUCAUCCCGGAUGAUGGCAUCGCUGCAGACGAUCAGUGCAACCGUGAAUGAUCAGCUCUCGUCGUUGGCCAACGGGGGCAUUGUCGAGGAGACAACGAUCAUCGUCAACGUCAGCGCCCUCUGGAGUAGGUACAUCGCCCUGUCCGGCUACAGUGGGCCUACCAUCGAGGAUGCCUUCCGGGACCGAAUCAAUCCUUUCUGGUUGCAGUUCGACCCUCCGUCGUCGACUUCACACUACUUCCUCGGGUUCAUCUACUUCAUGAUGAUGAUCUUCGGAUUGUUCGGCAAUCUUCUGGUGAUUCUGAUGUUCUUCAGAUUCAAAUCCCUGCGGACACCAGCCAACUACAUGGUCAUCAAUCUGGCCUUUGCUGACUUUGUCAUCAUGCUGGAAGCUCCACUGUUCGUCUACAACAGCUACCACCAAGGUCCAGCCACCGGCAACAUUUGGUGCACCAUCUAUGCCACACUGGGUGCCGUCGGUGGAACGGUUGCCAUCGGAACGCUCACCAUGAUCUCCAUCGACCGGUACAACGUGGUCGUCUACCCACUGAACCCGAAUCGAUCGACCACCCGCCUGAAGGUAGCCCUCAUGAUGGUGUUCUCCUGGAUCUACGGUCUGAUCUUUUCCAUCAUCCCAGCGCUGGACAUCGGCCUCAGCCGGUACACCCCGGAAGGCUUCCUCACGGCGUGCAGCUUCGACUACCUGGAUCGCUCCUGGGACGCCCGGGUGUUCAUGUUCGUGUACUUUAUCUUCGCUUGGGUGGUACCGAUCAUCGCAAUCAUCUUCUGCUACGUCCAGAUCCUGCGGGUCGUCAUCGGAGCCAACAACAGUAUUCAAUCGAGCAAAAACAAAAGCAAGACGGAACUGAAGCUGGCCGGCGUCGUCAUUGGCAUCAUUGGACUGUGGUUCAUCGCGUGGACUCCGUAUGCGAUCGUGGCCAUGCUCGGGGUGUUCGGCUAUGAACGUUUGCUGACUCCGUUGGGCUCAAUGGUUCCGGCCAUUCUGGCCAAAACAGCUGCUUGUAUCGAUCCCUACUUUUACGCCAUGAAUCAUCCACGCUACCGUCAGGAACUGCAUAAAAUGUUCGGUUUGAAUAAGCAGGACAUGGGCAACUCGCAGUAUCAGACUUCGCGAUACACCCGCAACGCCUCGAGGGUAGACGACUCCGAGGGUGGUGCAAGCGAACGGGUGACGAUCGAACGAAAACCAGGUAAGAGUGAUGACAACGAACCCAAACAGACCCAGAAUCAGGAUCAGGGUCCCACAGUCGAACCACCGAAGAGCUAUAGUAAAAAUCUAGCCGCAAACAGAAAAGGUGCGCUUCAACGGGCUCAAUCUUCCAUUUCAGCGGCCGACGAUACGUCGCUGUCCGUUUCGAUUGAUCUGACCGAGACCAACCCGACCAGCAAUCACUAGGGCAGGUGAUACCGCGCCCGGCAGCCCGUACACUUACAGGUGGCGUACCGGA